AGCUCCAAGUAUUUCAGUCUUGCAUGCGACUUGCUCGAAGCACGAUGAAAGCACCCCUGUUCGCAGCCGUCGUCGCGACGAUCGUCCUAACCGCCUCCAGCAGAGCGGUUAACAUCAGCAAUACGUGGAUGUUGCCGGAGGAGGGAUUUCCGGUUUUCUACCGCUACUUCCGGGACCGCAUCUCGUGGAACGAGGCGGACGCCGUCUGCCAGUUCCAUCAUGCUAACCUCGUUACAGUGGACACGACUUCUCAAUACGAUGCAAUAAGGGCGUACUUGAAGGAGCUAGACAUAGCGGACAACGUAUGGAUUGGCUUGUCGAGGGGAAGUGACACUACCAAUUUCACGUGGAGGGACUUCCGGGCGCUGAGCCUCACCGACUACUGGCAGGAAGCGAUUCCCACCGGAAACGAGGCACUGUGCGCCACCAUGGAUCCAGCCGCCGACUUCCGGUGGCAUGCGUUGCCGUGCGGAGGACCGGCCAUCGCCUCCUUCAUCUGCGAACUGCCAGUUCCAUCAUGGGCAAACGGACCGAAAGGAUGCCUCCUCACCGAACUACCCUCGCUCACCGUCUUGUUCAUUCCAGAACAAUCCGCCGUCGAAUUGACAUCCGACUGCGGUUUAGGUGGCACCAAAAGGAUCGCUUGCAAAGGAAAUACUGAUCGGGAUGAGAUUAUGAAGCGUUUGGCUUGUAAUGAGGGUGUUGUGGACGAGGCUAUGGAUGAUGAUGAGGAGAGGGCGGAAUCUCCGGCGCCGACCGCGAUAAAUCAGGAUCCAACGUACGGCAGCACAAAUGGGGCUCAUGUGUCGAACACGAGAACAACUAAGCCUUGGAUCUGGACAUCAAACACAAUAGACACGGGCGAUUACGGAUUGCCGACGAGACAUAGGAGGGAAACGGAGGAAGACACAAUGGUCCCGUCGUCGACCCUCAGUUCGGCCACAGAGAAAAUCAGCCCCAGAAUCGAGGUAUUGACUGCGGCACCAUCGACUCCAACACCAAAUCCUCAAACCCCAACCACGAUCCCAACACCAACACCAAAUCCAACCCCGUCUCCAACGGAUUUAUCGAGCUCGACGGCGCCAGAGCUUGAGACGACGAGCACCGAGCAGGGAACGGAUGAGUACCCCAGCGCCAUCAACCAGGGACAGCUGUUCAGCAUCAUAGAGAACGGCACGAUCUUCGAUAUAAUAGAGCUGAAUGGAACAGAAGAGAACAGGACGGUCUCGAUGGAGGACAUCAGACAGCAAACAACCGUCCCUUCCGAUCCUCCAGCCACCUACACAACAGUAAUCUAUCAUAAGGAACCCACCGAAGAGUCUCCCGUCACCAGCAGCCACAAAAUCCCGAAAACAACGAACAAGGCUCGCAGCUCCCUGAACGCCAUCCCAUCUCAAUCACCUCAGAAGACGCUCUCCAAGGAGAUCGAGAUGUUCCCGAUUGUCGGCAACUCGUACAUCAAGUUGAACAGGACCAACCGCAAGGAACUGCCCAACUACGGCGACAACAUGGUCAUCCCCAGCGUCCACAAGACCGUCGAAAUUCGCAUCCACGAACCGGGCAAAUUGAACGUGACCAAAUCUGCGUUUCUGGUCACCACCAAGAAGGCGCCCAAAACAAUGAAACCGCAAGAACCCACCGCCUCCGUCGACGUGCAGACCACAACCAGAGCCCAGGAAUCCUUCGACUCCGAGCCGACAGCAAAACCGAACAGGCAAAGGCAGCUCACGCGACCGCAGAGGCGCUCCUUCUAUCCGUACUUCUUCAGCAGAGUUCUAGGCUGAACGUGAAGUUUCACCAAGAAACUUCCAACAACAAAAAUAACAUCUAAUCAACAGUUAUUAUAAAAUAGGUAAGAUUAUUUAUUUAUUACAAAUAU